AUUACAUGUAGACCAUUGAAAGAUUUUCAGGGCUAAACGGGAAAGUUUUCCAGCGGACCAACCUUAGAACCAUGUUAAAGUUUAGGAUUGUCACAUCAUUAAUUUUCAGUUUGGUCAGCAUUUCGAAUUCUUUGGAAGACAAAAAGUUUCAUUUCACUCUAAGCGAGGAAGAACUGUCUCAUUACUUUGGAACCACAUUAUUGAAACAAGUUCCAGAUUAUGACUUCAUACCUGUGCAGUCAAUAGAAGAACAGGAGGCAAGGACAGGGUCUCGAAACAUCACGGUGAAGGCGUUCGGUCAGGAGUACCGACUGUACCUAACAGAGAACAAGAAUCUCCUAUCACCCGAUUGUUUAAUUAACCACAUAUACUCAAAUGGAAGUAAGGAGAGUGUCCCAUGUAGUGCUGGAGGAGAAAACUGUCAUUACAUUGGACAUUCGGAGUCUCAUCCAGGCUCUGCUGUCGCCAUCAGUGUCUGUGACGGAUUGCAUGGCGUAAUUAGUACACCAGACCACGAUUUAUACAUUCAGCCUUUACUGGAGAACCACAAAUGUCGCGUUUCAGAUGAGGACAAUCACUUGGUGGUAAAGCGCUCGGUGCAACGACAGAACGAUUUAUCGGAUGAAGACAAAUUGAUCGUAAAGCGAUCCCCAAGACGUUAUUUGGAGACUAAAGUUGUGGUAGCUCAUGAUAGCCAGCUUUUCCAUGGCAGUGAUACGACAAGAUUUGUGACAACGAUAAUGAACAUGGCAGCAAGGAUUUUCUUGGAUCCUUCACUGGGCGAUAGUAAACUUUAUGUAGCCCUGGUGGAUAUCACGAUUUUAAAGGAUGAUAGGUCUGACCUAAAGAUCGUAGCAGACUCCGGGGACCUCUUGGAAACCUUCUGUCAGUGGCAGAAAAAUCACGAUCCAAAUGACGAAUCUGAUCCUAAAUACCCAGACGUGGCGAUACUUAUCACAAAGAAGGACUUGGAGAAAAAUGGAGAUAAGAUGAAUGUAGGCCUGGGUACUAUGGGAGGAGUUUGUUACACGGAUAGAAAAUGCACAGUGAACCAGGACUCGGGUUUGGACACAGCGUCCACUAUCGUGCACGAACUUGGACAUACAUUAGGAAUGAAGCAUGAUGGGGAUGGUAAUCAGUGCCCCCGCAAUAAGUACAUUAUGUCUCCAUAUGGUUCUGCUAGUUCCGAUACUGCAAAAUGGUCCUCAUGUAGCGCACAAUAUCUAAGAGACUACUUAAGUGGAGUGCGGUGUCUAUCAGAUAUACCCAGUAGAUCAUCUGUAAAACUCUAUGACAAUAUCGAAGAGAAACCUGGAAUCAAAUAUUCGGCCGAUGCACAGUGUACAAUGUUCUUUGGUGGAACAACAAAGUCUUGUGUCAAAAGAACUCAUCCUUGCCGUGCAGACUGCAUCAAUCCCGACACGCAGCAAUGUAUUAUCGUCGCUGGGUCCUUUGUUGAUGGAACAGAAUGUGGAGGGAGAAAUUGGUGCCUGAACGGUCGUUGUGUGACAAUGGGCCAGGGAGCCCCGCGGCCGGUAGAUGGCGGUUGGUCGUCCUGGGACUCCCAGUGGUCAGGCUGCUCCAGGAGCUGUGGCGGCGGAGUUACACUAAAGAAAAGAACCUGCACCAAUCCGGAACCAAGAUUUGGAGGUCGUGAAUGUUCAGGAAAAUCAUACCAAGCAAAACUCUGCAAUCUUCAGCCCUGUGUGACCAGCCAACAUCAGUUUUACCAGGAGCAAUGUUCUGCAACAAAUAAAAAUCCAGUUCAUGGACAACGUUACAAGUUUGUACCAUUUACAGAAAGUGAAUCAGACUGCAAACUAACCUGCCGAGCUUUGAACGACAACCUAAUAUAUACGCGGGCUGAAGCAGUUGCAGAUGGAUCGAUGUGUCGCACGCCAUCCGCAGCCUUCGAGUCAAGAUGUGUAAAAGGGGUGUGCGAGGGCUUUGGUUGUGACGGCAUUUUAGGAUCGCGGGCAAAGUUCGAUAACUGUGGAGUUUGUAAUGGCGCGGGCAAUGCAUGCACGGCGCAUUCAGGAAAAUAUACAGAAAAUCAUCCAGGCGGCUAUCACACUGUGGUAAGAAUACCCGUAGGAAGUACUGGCAUUACAGUGGAAAACAAGAAUGGCUACAAUUUUAUGGGGUUAAAAAUCAAUGGACGAGGUAUUUUUGGACAGAACAAGAACAAAGCGUUAUCUGGUACUUAUGGUGGAUCAAGGGUGGUGAUCGAGUAUCGUGCAACUCCUGAAAAAAUAGAAAUCGUGGGUCCUACCACUGCAAAUGUAGAGAUCGAAGUUUAUCAGAAAUUUGACGCCACACAGUAUGUUGGUGUAGCUCCAGACAUCACGUAUACCUAUCACAGCCCUAAUGGUGGUUCAUCAGGCCAUGAUAACUUCAAAUGGCACGUCAUCACUGGGCAAUGCAGUGCCUCGUGUGGAACAGGCACACAGUUGAGGACUGCGAAGUGUUUCAGAAUUAGUGACAAUAGUAAUGUGGAGGAUUACAAUUGUGACGUAUUUCAAAAGCCCUCAGAAACAUCCGUAUUUUGCAAUAUCCACGCGUGCCCCCCAGAAUGGCAUGCGUUUUCCUGGGGACAGUGCAGCAAAGAGUGUGGGGGAGGGACCCACACACGGAGAGUACAGUGUGUUACCAUACAAAGAAACAAAUUCACCGCGGUAUCGGAAAGCCAAUGCAAUGCAGCGAGGAAACCCAGAACUAGCGGGACGUGCAACACACAGGCGUGUGAAGUUACAGGAGUUUGCUCAGAUAAAGUGGAUUGCCGUGCCUAUGGAAACCAGGUGUGCUCCAAAUAUCCAGAGUGGUCCAGGCUGAACUGUGUUAAACAUUGUAAUUUGUGUCCAGAAGCUAAACCAUGUGAGGACCUUGAGGAUUGUCCAGCUUAUGGAAGUAAUGUUUGUACAGAGUAUAAAGACUGGUCACAAAUCAACUGCAGAAAACACUGUGGAUUCUGCAAUUCCGGUGGUUCCAAUGUGGUGGGAACAGGUGGGACCUGUUCAGACAAAGUCAACUGUGAUGAGUAUGAAGAUGAUAUCUGCACCAAUCCUCAGUUUGCUAAAUGGUCCCGAGAGCAAUGUCCCAAUUGGUGCAAUUUAUGCGAAAACACUUCGAGUGGAUCUGGCAGUACAGACACACAGACGAAUAAUGAUCCUUGUCAAGACAAAGUUAAGUGCAGUGAAUAUGGAGGUGACGUAUGCACAGCAUACGGACCAUGGGCACAUAAAAACUGCGCACGUCACUGCAAGUUUUGUCAACCAUGUACGGAUAAACUGUCUGAUUGUGCUGACUAUGGAAAGAGCUCAUGUACUGGAAAUUAUGAAAAGUGGGCAAAACAAAAUUGUAAACUUUACUGUAACUACUGCGAUGCUGUAAGUGUAAACACAAGCUCUGGAACAUCGCACCAGGGAAGUUCAAAUCAUGCAAGUAGUAGCAGCAGUAACAAUGUCCAAUCAUCAUCUUCUAACGUUGCGAGUAGCGACCCCUGUCGGGAUGUAGAGCAGUGUAAUGAAUAUGGUGAUAAUAUUUGCAUUGAGUAUGAGCCAUGGGCAAGGAAAAACUGUGCACGUCACUGCAAAUUUUGUGAACCAUGUAAAGACGCGAUUUCGGACUGUGCAGCAUAUGGGAAAAGUUCUUGUACAGGUGUUUAUGAAUCAUGGGCGAGAAAGAACUGCAAACUGUAUUGUAACUAUUGUGGAGGUGGUUCCCAAUCAGACAUUCAAAAAACUACAAAAAUAGUAACAACCACUGCCCCAACAACACCCGCUGCUGUUGAUACUACUAUUUUAGUCAGCAGUGACCCGUGCAGGGACCUUGAGAGGUGCGAGGAAUACGGAAGUGACGUAUGCACUGGGUACGCAGCCUGGUCCGAAAAAAAUUGUCGCCGUCAUUGCAAAAUCUGCCAACCAUGCAAAGAUGCAAUAAAGGAUUGUGCAGACUAUGGUAGACAAGCGUGUACUGGUGGCUAUAUUCCCUGGGCAAAAAAGAAUUGUCAACUGUAUUGUAACUUAUGUGGCACCGAUACCACAACAACCACUUCUACUACAACAACUACUACUACCACCACUACUACCACCACAACAGCGCCACCUACAACUGUGGUAGUCAGCAGUGAUCACUGCCGUGACAAAAUCAACGACUGUGACGAGUACGGCGAUGACGUGUGCACAGCUUACGCUUCGUGGGCAAAAAUAAAUUGCAGAAGACAUUGCAAAUUCUGCCAGCCUUGUAGCGACAAGUUGUCAGAUUGUGCAAGCUAUGGACGAAGUGCUUGCAGGGGACGUUACGAAAGCUGGGCCAAGAUAAACUGUCAGCUGUACUGCAACCUGUGCGAGUCAAGGACUAAACGUUCUGCUCUGCACGUUCAAGCACCAGAGAAAGGUGAAUUUAAUGAUGAUCGUUUAGAGUCGGAUUUGAUAAACAUGAAAGACAAUAAUGAAAUACUUUUGGUUCCCAGUAAAAAUCCUUACAGUACCGAAAUAAGACUAACGGAACCAGUAACCCAUAAUUCGGUUCCGUCCAAAGUUCAUCUCGUUCCCGAGAUUGUUAACAAGAAUUCUGUUGGUGAGGUUCCAAACGAGGGUGGAGGAGUGCCGCUCCGUCCAGUAGAGGAGUAUUCGGAGGGUCGUUUACCCUCGGGAGGGAACAGUCUGGAUAUAAACGAAAAUAUCCCGCCGGAAAAAUUGAACUCCAAGGAAGAAAGUGUGAUCGAUGAAGUUCAAAAACUAGAAAAUAUGGUGGAGGAUAGCGCCAAAAUGUGAAAACUCAUAACUUGUGAAUCUCUUGUUUUGGAAAAAUUAAAAGAUAUUUUGUAAAUUUUGUAAAAUGGAUAUCAAUUCAGAUCCAAAUUAUAGUAGUAAAUUUUGUCAGCCUGCAAUCAAUUUCAAUUC